GGCUAAUGCAGCUCCCCACCAUGCCUUUAAUCUCCGCCUGUGGACCGUCUGACUGUCUCCCAGGCUGCCUUCGUCCGUCCUGUCACCCAAAGGACUCCGUGUGGGACCGGCUGGAACUGAUCUCUGGGUAUCCCCGGUAGCGGGAUGAAACCGACAUAGUGAUCCAGGAGCAUCUCCUCCUCGCCUGUCUUUUCUCCACUAGCGGAGCUCAGCUUUCGCUCUCCUACCGGCGGAGAUAUGAGGAAUCCACUGGCCGAUUUGGCCCUGACAUUCUGGCUGUUUCUAGAGUGUGUUGAAGCCAAAAAGUACUGCUGGUAUUUUGAGGGUGGAUACCCCAUAUACUUCAUAUGUCGCUCUUAUGAGGACUGCUGUGGUACUCGCUGCUGUGUGAGAGCCCUGUCCAUCCAGAGACUAUGGUACUUCUGGGUGCUGCUGAUGAUGGGCUUACUAUUCUGCUGCGGUGCUGGCUUCUUCAUCCGCAGGAGGAUGUAUCCAUCCCCUCUGAGAGACGAGCCAGCCUUCAAUGUCUCCUUCACCAGGCACCCUGUCACCACACCAGUUUCCCAGCAGCCAGGAAGUAUGCAGGGCUUCGGGGUCAACGGGAUGACAGGUGGUGACCCAGGCGUUGCCAUGACACAUAUGAUGAUGAGCUCCUAUCCUCCUCCCCCUUCGUACUGCAACCAUCCACCUCCACCCUAUGAACAAGUAUUUCAAAACAGCGACAAGAAGUAACAUCCGCAAAGAGCUAAAAAGAUGGAACUUGACAAGGAAAAGGGAAAGAAGGAGGCAGCACGAGGCUGAAGUAUCAGGAAGUUCAGAUGAAGAUGAGGAGGAGGAGCGCCUGCCAAUUGUCAAGUGAACUGUUGUUGUGUAAGACUUUGAAACCACAUAUCUGUUGUACUCUGGAAAAGACAAAAUAAGCAGUAUCUAGUGCACAGACACACAUUCAUUCACUGACACGCACUGCUUCUUCUGCAGUGCUUCAUUAAUUCUUGAUUUAUGUGGAUCCAUGUGUACAGUGACUGUGCCACCAGCCUGGCUGAAGUGAAAACGAGGGAGGAUGGGCAGGAGGAGGGAGGUUUUUUUUGGAGGGAGGUUUUUGAUUCACCUGCUGUCACCUGUCUACUCCACCCCUCCAAUGCAGCUACAGCUAUGACUGUGCACAGUAGAUCAACAAACUCAUCAUUAUUAAAAUGCUGGAUACUGUUUGGCUUAAUAGACAGCGUUAAAACAAUUACAAAAUAUAUUCAUUGUAUAGUUUAAAAACAGAAAUGAGAACACAUGAUGAAGAAGACUGAGAGUCUGAAAAGGACUGUCUACGCACAAAUGAUUGUUGAAAGCAAAUUUCAAGGAAGACACUGACUUAUUUUCUAUCCAGCAUUUUUUUUGCAAGAUGGGCUCUUUAAUAAAUGAUGACCUCUUGGUAAAUUUUUUAUUGAAGUAUGUGUAGUCCAGUUAUGUAAAGACAUAAUGAGCCACUCCAGCAGUCUCUGGCUCAUUCCCCUGUUAGCAGCACUGAAAGCUUUAGUUCACCAUGAGAAGAGUCAGACAUGGACAGUGUGAUGCUGGUAAAGUGGCUCAUUUCUUUCUCUAGUUCGAGUGUCAUCUGCUGAGUCCAACGCAUUCUCAAACCUAACUGACUGAAUAGGUCGAUGGCCAGUGAUAUUUGAAAACAACAUGUUUUAUGUUACAGUUCCAAAAGCUACAUGACUCUUGCAGCGUAGCGGCGACAGGUGUAAUGGACCUCUGUUGUAUCCUCACAGUUUGGUCAGGUGAUGGAAAGCAUCGUGGUUUGGGUUAAAGUCACUACGUUACUUUUGUAACAGCAGUUACAAACAUAACUAUGUCAUGUAACUAACUUUUGUAUGUGACCUAACUAAAUCUAAUUAGUAAGUUAAAAGAACUCAUUUUGGACUUCAGGUUUCACUCUGGACACUAACAGUGGCCUCUUGAUUGGCUGCCCUGUGCUUGUUUGACCCGACCGUCCAUCCCCGAUUUCCUCCCUAUGCAAACUUUGUCAGACUUUGUAGCUCUUUGUAGCUCUUUAUCGUCCUUUGACCACCAGGUAACAGGAUAUGUAAAUCUGGGUCGUAAUAAACUGUUUUCAAAGUCGACCUAAAUGUUCCUUUUUCUGAUGUGGACAGAUUGGCUGAGUCUUAGUAAGCUGUCACUUUGAUGAUUGUUAUGUUGCUGAUGGGAUUAAGAUUGCAUGUCAUCAGUUUUACACCACAACCCACUGACAUAUACGGCUUUUGCCAAGUGCCAAUUUUGGUGGCAUUUGGUGAGGAAAUUAAGAAAUCAGUUAUUAGCUUGAUACUGACUGCUUCUCUUUGCUCAUUCACAUGACCUGACUUGGUUUAACUUCACCUUAUUGUCCUUUAGAUUCACAUGAAUAUAUACAUUUUUCUUUCAAGCUGCUGCAACAAACAUCUCAAGUGCAUUAAAGGUAAACUACCAAGUUAUUUCUCACGACGCAUAAGGAAAAGAGUACGGUAAAGUUGUCAUGGAGACACCGUUUCUGCUCUCGGGAAACAAACAGUCAAACCUUUAUUGCAAUUCAAAAAUGCCUUUCUAUUCAGUUAUUAAAAAUAUACGUGGAACCAAACUGGAAUGAGGAUGAGAAACCUGUUUUAUUAAAAAAUCUGCUAAAAAGAAAAGAAUUGUCAAGUUGGUUGCUGUGAAUGUGGUUAAAAAAAAAAAAAUUCAACUAUACAGUUUACCUGCCUACAAACUUUCUUUCUCAGCACCAUUUUCUUUGCACAUUCUAAGGUGUGUAAGAAAGUGCUUCAAAUCUAAAAUGAUUGACAUUGUGGGAAAUAUGUGUGUUUGCAUUCCUAUUAAAUAUGGAG